CUGGUUGGCAGCGCCAAAUAACAACAUUUGUGGCUUGUGGGGGACUUAAGAAAAAGGACGUGUGGACUGGGAAUGGAUGCGUUUAUUAGAAAGGAGCUGAUACUCAAUGCUGGUACAAGCCUCGAAAAUGUCGCCCCGCACUGCAUCAAACUGCUGGCCUGGCUGCUGGACUGCCAGGUGGAGAUCCAAACACAACAGAAGCUCCUCAAGCUGACGCCAAAUCUAAUCGAAUCAAUGAUGAAGGCCACCAUGUACCUGUUCGAGUGCCACGAACGCUUCGGCGAGGCUCUGGCGGAGCGCUGCAACUCGCACAGUUUCUACGCCACAUCCUCCACACUGGCGGAACGCAAACAGAGCAUCAAGGAGCUGUGUGCCGGAAUAGUAAAGACGAGAAAGGGCGAGGCACAUGCAGCAUUGCUGCACUUGAUGCACAAGCCCUUUGCGGACGUGCAGCCGGCGUGGAACGUCAUCAGGGAGCUGGAUUGGGCAGCAAUGCGCCAGCCGGCUGCCUUCGACCCUUCGCAAAUGCUCAGCACUGAUCUCCUGCAAAUGCGUCGCCUGGUGAAGCGCAUCUGCCGUCUGUCCACGCAGCAGAAAAUGGAAACCGCCCUGCACCGUGCCCUGGAGCUGGUCGGCUUCAGUGUGUGGCUGUGUCUGUUCCGCGAGCCACGCCACAGCAACAUCCACGCCGAUUGCCGUCUGCUGCGCCACAUGAUCUGUGAUAUGCUGGCCGAGGGCACUGGCCCCUGCUAUGGUUUCCUGCACAACAUGUACCUCUUUGUGGCGAACCCGGCCAACGAGUCGCGCUUCUGGGCGUGCCUGGACCAUGCCCGUCUGCCUGGCAGCCUCAUUGCCUACUUGAUCGGCUACUGGAACAUCCACAUGCCGUACUUGGAUCAGGACGACAUGCAAAUCACGGCCGAUGCUCCACCCACCGCCAGCGUCUGCCCGCCGCUGCCCCUAGUCGAAGUGACAUUUCUCACCCACCUCCUGCUGACGACCCGAUCGCCCUGCCGCGAGCAAUUUUAUCAGCAAUUGCGACCCCAUGCCAUGACCAGCCAGCUGAUGGAGCUCCUCAAUAAAGUUGCAUUUGUUUAUAGUUAAGGAUUCGGCUUUGGU